AAACAAAGAACGAAACGAUACAAUAGUAUAAAUUUGUUCUUGUCAUAAACGAUAAUUUCCAGGUAAGAUUAAGGAUAAAACAAAAAAGCUUAUAAUAGCAAUUUAAAACACGAAUUCAACGUACGAUCCACCACAAUCCUCGUCGUCUUUCAAACUUAAAAUACCGAAACUACCCUUACCUUCUUCUUUCCAUAAGAAAUCAAAACCAAGUCCUAUGGUCGCAAUUGUAUCUCUAUCUAAAAAUCUUCUUUGAAUUUGUGUAUACACAAAUCUUAUUCAACGAAUCAUUUAUCACCAAAAGGUUCUCUCUUUUUUGUUUGUUUCUGUCUUGUGUGAAUGACUCGUCGGUGUUCGCAUUGUAGCAACAAUGGGCACAAUUCACGCACGUGUCCAACGCGUGGUGGUGGCACGUGCGGUGGAAGUGGCGGAGGAGGAGGAGGUGGUGGUGGAGGAGGGUCUGGUUCCUCCUCCGCCGUGAAGUUAUUUGGUGUGAGGUUAACGGAUGGCUCGAUUAUUAAAAAGAGUGCGAGUAUGGGUAAUCUCUCGGCAUUGGCUGUUGCGGCGGCGGCGGCAACGCACCACCGUUUAUCUCCGUCGUCUCCUCUGGCGACGUCAAAUCUUAAUGAUUCGCCGUUAUCGGAUCAUGCCCGAUACUCUAAUUUGCAUCAUAAUGAAGGGUAUUUAUCUGAUGAUCCUGCUCAUGGUUCUGGGUCUAGUCACCGUCGUGGUGAGAGGAAGAGAGGUGUUCCUUGGACUGAAGAGGAACAUAGACUAUUCUUAGUCGGUCUUCAGAAACUCGGGAAAGGAGAUUGGCGCGGUAUUUCGAGAAACUAUGUAACGUCAAGAACUCCUACACAAGUGGCUAGUCAUGCUCAAAAGUAUUUUAUUCGACAUACUAGUUCAAGCCGCAGGAAAAGACGGUCUAGCCUCUUCGACAUGGUUACAGAUGAGAUGGUAACCGAUUCAUCGCCAACACAGGAAGAGCAGACCUUAAACGGUUCCUCUCCAAGCAAGGAACCUGAAAAGAAAAGCUACCUUCCUUCACUUGAGCUCUCACUCAAUAAUACCACAGAAGCUGAAGAGGUCGUAGCCACGGCGCCACGACAGGAAAAAUCUCAAGAAGCUAUAGAACCAUCAAAUGGUGUUUCACCAAUGCUAGUCCCGGGUGGCUUCUUUCCUCCUUGUUUUCCAGUGACUUACACGAUUUGGCUCCCUGCGUCACUUCACGGAACAGAACAUGCCUUAAACGCUGAGACUUCUUCUCAGCAGCAUCAGGUCCUAAAACCAAAACCUGGAUUUGCUAAAGAACGUGUGAACAUGGACGAGUUGGUCGGUAUGUCUCAGCUUAGCAUAGGAAUGGCGACAAGACACGAAACCGAAACUUCCCCUUCCCCGCUAUCUUUGAGACUAGAGCCCUCAAGGCCAUCAGCGUUUCACUCGAAUGGCUCGGUUAAUGGUGCAGAUUUGAGUAAAGGCAACAGCGCGAUUCAGGCUAUCUAAAAAAUCUUUGUUAUUGUGUUAAAGAAUGAAGAAGGAAGACCCUGACCGGAUUAAACCAGAGGAUGUUCCUGGUUUAGGACGAAACAAACCAAGCCAUAAGCCAUUAGAGAGAACAAUUACUUACAAAGGAAAAAAAAACAGAGCAAACUGUAACAAAGACUUACCAAACAGUCAAAAACACAUUUCUCAGCAUCACGUCAUACUUACAUAAGAUAAGCGUAACUUACAAUUUUACCCUUCAUUUUUCAUGUUUAAGGCAAAUUAUUUAUUAUCUAGAGACUAAACAAUAAAGAAUGUUACAAAACAUAAACUUGUUGCUACCGUUCGACCAUUUUUACUGUUAAAUGUUCGACAAGAACAUUAAAAUGGAUAUAAGCAGAAAAGAAAGAGAAAAAGAGAGAGUAUUUGUUCUUUGUUGUGAAGCUGCUUUCAGCAAUGGCAGCACAAAUCAAAUCAGGAGACGAG